AUGUCAUCAAACAGCUUUACAAUACAUCAAUUACAACCACUUAAUCCAAACCAUGAAAAUAUUCACUCAACCCAAAACAAAUUACAUGAAAAUCUACUUGUAUUAUUAAAGGAACAAUUCGAGUCGGAAAAUCGAAUGGAAGAAGAUGCAAAUCUUCAUUUGGAAUCCUUUCUCGACAACAUGAAAAAUACUGGAAUGAUUUCCAAUACAUUUUGGGUCUUAAUUGUGGAAAAUGAUGAGAGAGAAGCGUGUGGAUUUAUUUGUUUAUGUUUUCUUCCAAAAUUGAAUAAGAAAAAUGGUUAUCUCUAUGUGGACGAAUUGUUUGUGAGGGAAAAAUUCAGGAGAUGUGGAAUUGCUAGUAUUCUACUGGACGAAACUAAGAAAAUUGCAAAGAAUUUAAACAUGGCAGGUGUUCGUCUAUUGGUAAGGAAUGAAAAUCUGAAAGCUCAAGCUCUCUAUCAGAAAUCUGGUUUUUCUCUAAGUGAAACUUUGUUUGGUCAAUUUAUUCCCCCAAAGAAUAAUCAAUAA